AAAACGGAAAGAGGGCCGUGACGAAUCUGCUGCUUCCAAUGUAAAGGUCCGGCCAGGUAGGCAGGAAGAGUCUUCCGUCGCUUGGAGCUCGGCACCAGUCCCCGUGAGAAAGGAGGUCCGAGCCUUGCUGAGAACAUGAAUGACUGGGUGCCCAUCGCCAAGGAGUAUGACCCGCUUAAAGCUGGCAGCAUCGAUGGCACCGACGAAGACCCACACGACCGCGCGGUCUGGAGGGCCAUGCUGGCACGCUACGCCCCCAACAGAGGCGUCACCGGAGACCCCCUCCUCACCCUGUUUGUGGCCAGACUGAACCUGCAGACCAAAGAGGAGAAGUUAAAGGAAGUGUUUUCCCGCUAUGGGGACAUCCGGCGGCUUCGGCUGGUGAGGGACUUGGUCACGGGCUUUUCAAAGGGCUACGCCUUCAUUGAAUACAAAGAGGAGCGUUCUCUGCUCAAAGCUUACCGGGACGCGGACGGCCUGGUCAUCGACCAGCACGAGAUAUUUGUGGACUACGAACUGGAAAGAACUCUCAAAGGGUGGAUUCCUCGGCGACUUGGAGGAGGCCUGGGGGGAAAAAAGGAAUCUGGGCAACUGAGAUUUGGGGGGCGGGAUCGGCCUUUCCGAAAACCCAUUAAUUUGCCCGUUGUGAAGAACGACCAGUACAGAGAGGGAAAGAGGGAGAGGAGGGAGCGCUCCCGAUCCCGGGAAAGACACUGGGACUCCAGGAUGAGGGAUCGAGACCAUGACCGGGGCCGGGAGAAGAGAUGGCAGGAAAGAGAACCAAGCAGGGUGUGGCCUGAAGGUGACUGGGAGAGAGAG